AUGGAAUUCUGGAAUACCACCUUGGAGAACACCUUCUUCCUCAUUGGAAUUCUCCAGGACAGUAAGUUCCCUGGACUGAUUUGUGCCACAAUCACAUUCCUCUAUCUUGUGGCCAUGAUCAGCAAUGGUCUCCUACUAUUAUUAAUUGCUAUGGACAAACAACUUCAUGUGCCGAUGUACUUUUUACUCAGCCAGCUCUCACUUAUGGAUUUGCUCUUUACAACUGUCAUUUCCCCCAAAACACUAGUGGAUUAUUUGCGUGGACAGAGCACCAUCUCUUUUUCUGGCUGUGGAUUUCAGAUGUUCCUAAUACUGACACUUGGAGGUGCUGAAGACAUCCUGUUGGCCUUCAUGGCAUAUGACCGCUAUGUGGCUAUUCAACAUCCUCUGAACUAUAUGGUUUUCAUGAGACCCAAAGUUUGCUGGUCCAUGGUGGCAACAUCCUGGCUCUUGGCAUCCUUUAAUUCCCUUAUCCACACCACAUACACCAUGCAUUUCCCUUUCUGUAGAGCCCGAGAGAUACACCACCUGCUCUGUGAGAUCCCUCCCCUGCUGAAGCUCGCAUGUGCUGACACCACAAAGUAUCAGUUCAUGGUAUACACAAUGGGAGUGACAUUCCUCCUCUUCCCUCUCUCUGCUAUCCUUGCUUCUUAUACUCUAGUUUUAACUGCUGUGUUCCACAUGCCAUCAACACAAGGGAGACAGAAAGCUCUCCUUACCUGCUCAUCCCAUCUGACAGUGGUUGGGCUCUACUAUGGAGCUGCUGUGUUCAUGUAUGUCCUACCCAGUUCUUACCAUAACCCUCAGCAGGACAAUAUCCUUUCUGUGUUCUAUACUGUUAUUACUCCAACUCUGAAUCCCCUAAUCUACAGCCUGAGGAACAAGGAUGUACUAGGUGCACUAAAGAAGGUACUAGGAAAAGGCAUCCAAAAACCAAAAUUGUAGGAGCUUAGAUAGGUCUUUGCUUGAUCUCUCAGCAGACAGCCAAUAAAUAGGAAAUACUCUCUAGGCUUGUUUCCAUCUGUCUGAAUCAUUUCAUGUGGCACAAUAAUAAAAUUUUCUUUUCUAUUCUUAUUUCAACACUAUUGCAUUCUAUCCAUGAGGGUAUUCAGGAGGGCAACAUAAGAAAAAUUCUAAUGAAGUACAAAAUAUUUUCUUUUCUAUUUCCUGGCAAUAAUUGUGCCCAGGUAAUAAGACUUACACUUUAUAAUGCAUUCAAGAAUUCUUUUGAAGGAAUUGUAGUCAAAAUCAACAGCCUAUAGUUUGAAAAAUACACUUUCCUACUUUUGAAAACUCACAUAAAAUUUAUCCCACUUCAGUAGUGUAAUGUUUCUCACAAUCUUUGUGAUUUUUCAAAGACCACAAAUAUAGCUCAACAACCGCCCAUUUGAACAUCAUUAUCUGUAUGAUUUUGAGUUCUGCCACAAGUCAAUUCACCCACUCUCUACUUAAAAAUAUCAAGGAAAGAAAAAUCCACUAUUUCAAAGGAUAAUUAAUUAUGUUAAUACAAU